AUGCGCCGCACCGAGCGCCCCUGCCGAGAGCUCCUGCUCGAUCGGCUCGCUAACACAAAACUCAAACUUCUUGAUCGCAAACUUCUUGGUCGCAAACUUCUUGGUCGCAAACUUCUUGGUCGCAAAAUUCUUGGUCGCAGAAGUCUUGGUCGCAGAAGUCUUGGUCGCAGAAGUCUUGGUCGCAGAAGUCUUGGUCGCAGAAGUCUUGGUCGCAGAAGUCUUGGUCGCAGAAGUCUUGGUCGCCAACUUCUUGGCCGCAAACUUCUUGGACGCAAACUUCUUGGACGCAAAAUUCUUGGUCGCAAACUUCUUGGUCGCAAACUUCUUCGACGAAAACUUCUUGGUCGCAAACUUCUUGAUCGCAAAUUGCUUGGUCGCAAUCGUCUUGGUUGCAAACUUUUUGGUCGCAAACUUCUUGGUCGCAAAGUUCGUCGUCGCUUUUUCAAUACGAUUAUGAAAAAUAUCAUGAACAAAGUAAUAGUUUCACCUCCACUGUCACUCGAUUACGAUAUUGAGAAUAUCGCAUAGCCCC